AUGUUAGAAAUGCAGCGGAGCUGCAGCGAGCCGGAGCCGUGCGAGCCCUCCGACGUCCCGCCGGCGUCGCUGGCGCACUCGCCGCCGACGCGCGGCCCUCCGGCGUCGCAGCCGCAGCUGCCGCCGCCGCCGCCGGAGCCGCAGCCGGAGCCGGUGGUGCCCGUGCUGGACGAGCGACUGGGCUGCUUUCAGCUGGGGCCGCCAGCCGGGCCGCAGGAGCUCUUCACGCUCACGGUCAUCGUGGUGCACGCCCGCAACCUGGAGCUGCUGAUCCCACCCGAGGUGGACCUGCCGACCGGCACCGGCUUCAGCUUCUACUACAGCCUGCUGGGCUGCGACAUCGUCACUGACACCUUCAACAACAUUGUGCAGCCGCGGUUUCUGGCGGAACGGGCGGUGACGCGUGUACGGGCGCGGCUGCCCGUGCUGCGCCGCUACCUGCAGCAGCUGGGCUCGAUCGACGUCCACCUCUGCUGCGGCGACCUCAGUCUGGGCAGCGCGUCAGUGCCGCUGGCUCCUUGGCAAUAA